CAUAAGGAAUUCAAAACCCUUUCAGGUCCAAAUGGUCAUAACGGAAGAACAUUCAUUAAUUAUGUUCAUAAUAUAAUUCAGCCUGGUACUUUAGCUGUACGAUUAACUGCAAAUAUAAUUGCAGGGCAGUUAUUAAUAACCACACACUUAAGGACAUAUUUCCUGCCGUACAAAGAUGGCAGUCAAUAUGGCACCCAACGCCUUCCCUCGUCGUUCUUCGCUCCUAACGCUUAA